AUGCCAUACUCCCCCAACGCUACCGUUGACCUCAGUCCGGAGGCUGAACUCUUGUUUCGCUAUGUGAGCUCAUCUCAACACGACACAGACUUAAGCUUGGCAGGAAGCCAUAGCAUGCGAACCGCUCCGCUCUUCACAAACGAAGCCUUGAAUGUCAUUGGUACGACCGUCCUUCCUCAGCGCGCAGUCUACGGAAACGUUCUGCAUUCACUUCAGGAGCCUUCGCCACUCACGAAACUGUACGUGAACACAAACGCCCCUUUCAGCGCCGUCGUAUGUGGUCUGCAGGGCUCUGGCAAAAGUCACUCGACGGCUGUUCUUCUCGAAGGCUGUUUGAUUCAGGAUCGACGUCUCGGGACGCUUCCCGUGCCGCUAUGUGGCCUGCUCUUUCACUUUGACUCUGCUGCAGGCAGUGGAUUCGUUCAACCGUGUGAAGCGGCGUACUUGGCUGUGAUGGAUGGGACUCGUGGAGGGACGGCGACUGCCCCAGACGUUACUGUCCUCACCUUGCCUAACCGCGUGGGGGCAAUGAAGUCGGUUUAUGCCAACCUACCGGGAGUGAAAGUGGAGGCUUUACGCUUCGCCUCUGGAGACAUAAGUGGAGAACGGUUACUAGCAAUGAUGAAGGUGGACGAUCAUGAUCAAAUGCCGCUCUAUAUGGAGCUCGUCAUGACCCUCCUCCGCGACAUGGAAGUCUUCGACUAUAACGAGUUUCGAGCGAUGCUUGCGAAGCAGAAGAUAAAUGGGUCGCAGAAGGCCAUGCUUAACCUUCGUCUGGCCCUGCUCGACUCCUGUCUGAGAGGGGGGAACGCGAACAACUGUAUAUCGACACACUUCAGGCAGGGGGCUUUGAUGAUCGUGGAGUAA